UUUAACACAUACUACCAAAACAACAAAAAUUUAUAAGAGAAGAAGUAUGGCAAAGUUUGAGAUGAGAAAAUUGAUUUCAAUUUUUCUUAUGAUGUUAUUCGUUGUGGCACAAUCAGAAAAACCGCUUCCACAUUCAUCAAUUUCUAAAAAUUCUAUUGGUGGUGAAGUAGUUUGUGCUGGAAAAUGUGCUUUUAAAUGCAGACGUUUCAUAAAUAAAAUGCCAAUAUAUGCAGGUUGUGUUGCUGCAUGUAACGUGUUGAAAUGUCGGAAGAUAGUUUCCCAAGUUGUUCAAAAAUGUACAACUAAUUGUUCUAUUUUAAAGUCCAAGGGCAAAAUUGAUGCUGCCGCGGUUAAUGACAUCGUGAAUUCAUGCUUGAAUGGUUGCGUUAAAUAAAUAAUUUGUCACCUGUAAUAUCAAUGUUCAAGAAAAAAUUAAGGUGUUUAGAAUAUAAGAGUAUUUUACACAUAUGAUAAAUAAUAUGAUAGAGAGUAUUUAUUAAUCAUUAAUUAAAUAUUUUAUUUAGUGAUUUUAAUAUAUAAUUAGUAUUAUAUUCUAGAGGUUUCUUAAAUCUUUGGGAUUGUGUCAUAUGGAUUGUAUGAUGUAUUUAGAUUUUAGAACUUUAUAUAUUAAAUGUAAUGUGCUAUUUUAACAAUUCAAUCAAUGAAAUCAAAUGUUUAUUAUUAUUAUUAUUA